AUGUCCUCCCGCUGGGCAAACGAAGACCCCGAAACAGAAGCGAUAAUCGCCCAACGCAAGCGCGAAAAAGAAGCGAAACGUCGCGCCAAAGCCGAAAGACAACGCCAGCUUGAACAAGAAGCCGAACAAGCAGCCCAACAACAAACCAGAGACACCGAAGCACCCCCCAAAAAGCGACGACGACUCUCCAACGACCCUGAAUCAGCAGCCGAAGUCCAGGUCGAAUCCAAACCGCAAGAAAAGCCCUCGAGUCUCAUACAAUUUCCCACGCAAGAAUGGGGCCCUUGUCGCCAUGUCGACAAUUUCGAGCGAUUGAAUCACAUCGAAGAGGGCUCAUACGGCUGGGUGAGCAGAGCCAAGGACAUCACGACAGGCGAGAUCGUUGCUCUUAAGAAGCUCAAGAUGGACAAUUCCCCCGACGGAUUUCCCGUAACGGGAUUACGGGAGAUUCAAACUCUCCUGGAAGCCCGUCAUCCUAAUAUCGUGUAUCUUCGCGAGAUCGUCAUUGGUACGAAAAUGGACGAUGUCUUCCUCGUCAUGGACUUUCUCGAACACGACUUGAAGACGCUCCUCGACGAUAUGCGCGAGCCCUUCCUCCCGUCGGAAAUCAAAACUCUCCUCUUCCAGGUCCUCUCGGGUCUUGACUUCCUCCACUCACAAUGGAUCAUGCACCGUGACCUCAAGACCUCAAACCUAUUAAUGAAUAAUCGGGGCGAGAUUAAGAUAGCGGAUUUCGGGAUGGCUCGGUACUACGGCGACCCACCACCGAAGUUGACGCAGCUGGUCGUGACGUUGUGGUAUCGAGCUCCGGAGCUGUUAUUGGGGGCGGAGAAAUACGGCACGGAGAUCGACAUGUGGAGUAUUGGAUGUAUUUUCGGGGAACUCCUCACCAAGGAGCCUUUGUUGCAGGGCAAGAAUGAGGUCGAUCAGGUGUCUAAGAUAUUUGCUCUGACUGGCCCUCCAACGCCACAGAUAUGGCCUGGCUUCCGUUCUCUUCCUAAUGCAAAGUCUCUCCGCCUUCCGCAGACGUCCUCGGCGCCGUCCGGGAACCCACCUCUUCUCCCGCGAGCAAAGUUUCCCUUUUUGACAAAUUCUGGUCUUCAGCUGUUAUCUUCGCUCUUGGCGUUGAAUCCGAGCUCGCGGCCAACGACGCAGGAGUGCCUGUCGCAUCCCUACUUCCGUGAAGAUCCUCGUCCAAAGCCCAAGGAGAUGUUUCCUACGUUUCCGUCGAAGGCGGGCAUGGAGAAACGGAGGCGGCGGGAGACGCCGGAAGCGCCGAAACGAGGCCAGGAGGCCCCGAAACUGGACUUUGCCAGUGUCUUUGGAAACCAGUCGAGCGGUGACGGUGGGGAGACAGGUGCGGGUUUUACUCUACGCUUGGGAUGA